ACCUGCUCACCCAACGGGUUUGGACCACGCCGCAUCCGGGAGGAGUCAGUGAUGAUUCGGAGGGUCAACCCCAGCACAGGGGCUGUCCCUUUCCAGUCGCUCAUGGUUGCAGACCUGGGGGACGUGAACGUCAAUCUCUACAACCUCCAGGACAGCUGCCGCCUGAUCCGAGAGGCCUAUGAGAAGAUCGUAGCAGCUGACUGUAUCCCACUGACCUUGGGUGGAGACCACACAAUUACAUAUCCCAUAUUGCAAGCAGUGGCAAAAAAGCAUGGCCCCGUGGGGCUGGUGCAUGUGGAUGCUCACAUGGACACCGCCGACAAGGCCCUGGGCGAGAAGCUCUACCACGGGACGCCCUUCCGCCGCUGCGUGGAUGAGGGGCUGCUGGACUGCAAGCGUGUGGUGCAGAUCGGCAUCAGGGGCUCUUCAGUGACCCUGGACCCCUACAGAUACAGCCGGAGCCAGGGGUUCCGGGUGGUGCUGGCUGAAGACUGCUGGAUGAAGUCCCUGGUCCCUCUGAUGGGGGAGGUGAGACAGCAGGUGGGGGGCAAACCCAUGUACAUCAGCUUUGAUAUUGACGGCCUGGACCCCGCCUACGCCCCAGGGACUGGCACGCCCGAAAUCGCUGGUCUCACCCCGAGUCAGGCUCUGGAGAUCAUCCGGGGUUGUCAAGGCCUGAACGUGGUGGGCUGUGACCUCGUGGAAGUCUCCCCGCUGUACGAUCCUUCAGGCAACACGGCCCUCCUGGCGGCCAACCUCCUGUUUGAGAUGCUGUGUGCUCUCCCCAAGGUGAAAACCGUCUGAGCUGCCGUUCUCCAGGACAAAACACCAGAUUGUGUGGAGGACAAGUUCUCAGGAAGAAGUUAUGAGCAAGCAGCUGAAUCCUUGAGUUUAUGCCAA